AGCAGAACAAAGUGAUCAUGGGAACAUGCUUCUCUUCAUCAUCAUCAUCAAACUCACGCACAAGGAUGGUAGAUUAUUACUAUGACCCUGAAUUAUACGAUUACAACAGAGUUUUCCCACCCUACGACGUAAACUAUGUCAAUAAUCUGCAUCUCCAACAAGCUCUGGCUUCUUCAUUGGUCACCUCAAUGGAGGAGAUUAACCAUCAUCCCCAACCCCAAAGGCAUGUUACCUUGCGUAUCAAGCAGGAGGAAGAAGAACCGGAGAUCAAAACAGAGAACGGACCCCCCGAACCAUCUAGCAGGUUAUGUACGAUAUGUAUGGAGGAGAAGUCUUCCUCCGACAUGUUCCGAGGUAAUUGCACUCACUUCUAUUGCACCGAGUGCACUGCCCGUUACGUGGAGACCAAGAUAGAAGAAAACGUAGCUAGAAUCAAGUGUCCUGACGUGGAUUGCACGCACGUGAUUGAGCCAAACACAUGUCGUGAUCUGAUCCCAAAGAACUUGUCCGUGCGUUGGGACAAAGCCUUGUGCGAGUCUUUGUUCCAGUCCUCGGAGAAAGUCUACUGUCCGUUCGAAAACUGCUCGGCGAUGAUGGUUGUGGAGGGUGGUGAUGAUAAAGUGACAGCGACGGAGUGUCCGUCUUGUCAUAGGCUGUUUUGCGCUCAGUGUAAAGUGACAUGGCACGCAGGGAUGGGGUGCAAUGAGUUUCAGAGAGUUGGGAACACUAAUGAUAAGAUCAGUAACUUAUUUUUUAGUAGAAUAUUAACCAUAAACAAAGGUAAAGAGAAGAAGAAUGAAGAUGAGUUGAUGAUUCAGUUGGCUAAGAACAAGCAGUGGAAGAGGUGUCCUAGUUGCAACUUCUACGUUGAGAAACUCGCUGGUUGUCUGCAUAUAAGUUGCAGGUCACUACUUCAAUCAUAAAUUUAGGAAUGUGUUAUUCUAAAUUUCGUUUUUAAUCGUAAUUGUUUUGUAGGUGCGGUUUUGAGUUUUGCUAUG